AUGAUGACGUCUUUUGCACAAUCGUUGCGAGUUGUCGAAAUCAUGCUCGAACUGCCGCAUAAAGACCGAGACAAUCGUCAUAUUCAGCACCACCGACCGGUCGGAUGCACGCGAUCGCCUACCAACGACCUUUCACGACUUGCCCUCUCGAGUGCGGCAGUACCUUCCAAUUCGUUCGAAGCGGCAAAUGAAAGCGAUUCGUAA